AUGUCUUCCACUACAGAAUCCAGUAACUCCCAAUCCUCGAUUUUCGACCCUCUUUUGAAUGUGCAAUACUCUGCGCCUGGUUUUUGCUUACCGCAUCCCGAUGUUGUCAACCAACUUUGCCAAGACCAAAGCAACCUGAUCUUCUGCCAUGGUGUCACCAUUGUGAAGAUAUCACCUGAAGUUGUCGUCAAGUUUGGUGCUCAUGUCAACAUUAUCGAGGCCAAAACCAUGAUUCAUGUUGCGCAGAAUACAAGAGUUCCUGUGCCCAAAGUUUUCGCAUAUUAUACGUACGGUCCCAUUGAUCGUGAUGCUGGCGAUUACGGAGGCCUUUACGAUACCUACAUCUUCAUAAGUUUGAUUGCUGGCGAAACACUCCACACAGCUUGGGACUCUUUGGGCGUCUCCGCCAAAUCCCAUAUUUCAAGACAAAUUGCAAGCUAUAUCCAGGAGAUCCGCGAUAUAGGGAAUGAUGGCUAUAUUGGCUCCGUAGAUCAUGGCCCUGUCACUGACCGCAGUUUAGCGACCUCUCUUGACAACGGCCCAUUCGAUUCGGAGCAGGACUUUAACACGGCUCUCAUUAACACCUAUCAAAAGAAUGUACCGAAACGCCACAUCAAAAGUUUUCUUAGUGGAAUGCUUUCUCAAUCCCAUCGCAUCUUAUUUACGCAUGGUGAUCUCCGGCCUCAGAAUGUUAUGGUGAAAGAUGGACAUGUGGUCGCCAUUAUAGACUGGGAGCGAAGUGGUUGGUAUCCAGAAUACUGGGAAUUCGCAAAGGCACUACUUAUAUGGGGCUGGCAGAGUGAUUGGACAGACUACCUGAUGCAAAUUCUUCAACCGUAUCACGCUGAAUUUUUCAUACACUCAUUUUUGAUGGAAAAGCUAUUGAUCUAG